GCGGCGGCGGCGCGGGGCCAGGCUGCUGAGCUGCUCAGCUGACGUGUGACACUGCCUCGGCAGCCGCGAGUGGACAGUGUCCACCCAGUGAAGACAGAAAGACUGAGCAUUCCUGGCCUGGACACAGUCCUUGAGGAGACCCAGAACAUGGAGCUGGACGGCUGAGGACCCCAAAGCACGACGACGCUUGUCGUGAUGGCGUCGAGUUCGCCAGCGGGUGUGGAGGGGUCCGACUUGUCUUCCAUCAACACCAUGAUGUCCGCCGUGAUGGCCGUGGGGAAGGUGGCCGAGAAUGGCGGGAGCCCUCCUCGGAUCAAGUCUCCCUCAAAAGCUCCGGGACCAAACCGGAUCGGCAGGAGGAACCAGGAGACGAAGGAAGAGAAAUCGUCCUACAGCUGCCCGCUGUGUGAAAAGCUCUGUAGCACCCAACACCAGCUCACCAUGCACAUCCGCCAGCACAACACGGACACGGGUGGGGCCGACCACUCCUGCAGCAUCUGCGGCAAGUCGCUCAGCUCCGCCAGCUCCCUGGACCGCCACAUGCUGGUGCACUCGGGCGAGCGGCCCUACAAGUGCACCGUGUGCGGCCAGUCCUUCACCACCAACGGCAACAUGCACAGGCACAUGAAGAUCCACGAGAAGGACCCCACUGGCGCCACGGCAUCGGCCCCCCCAUCCCCCCUGAAGCGCAGACGACUAUCCUCCAAGAGGAAGCUGAGCCAUGAUGCCGAGUCCGAGAAGGAAGAUCUGGUGUCCGCCAAGAAGAUGUUGGAUGACGGCUCGGGGGACCUGGAAAAGGCGGGGGACGAGCUUCUUCGCUGCCCCAUAUGCUUCAGGGAGUUUGUGUGCAAGUACAGCCUGGAGAGCCACGUGGAGGCGCACGCAGAGAACCCGCUCAGGUGCGACGUCUGCUGCGUGACGUUCCGCACGCACCGCGGGCUGCUGCGCCACAACGCUCUGGUGCACAAGCAGCUGCCGCGCGACGCUGCCGGGCGCCCGUUCAUCCAGAACAACCCGGCCAUCCCUGCCGGCUUCCACGACCUGGGCUUCACCGACUUCUCCUGCCGCAAGUUCCCGCGCAUCUCCCAGGCCUGGUGCGAGACCAACCUCCGCCGCUGCAUCAGCGAGCAGCACCGCUGCGUGUGCGACACCUGCGACAAGGCCUUCCCCAUGCCCGCGGCCCUUGCCCUGCAUGCGCAGACCCACGCCGCGCCCGCCCCGGCCCGCAGCCCGCCCACCGACGCCCGUGACCAGAAGCUCUUCCUGGCGCUGCUGGGCCUGCAGCACACCCGGGAGGCGGGGCCCGCGCCGGCCGAGGAGGCGCCGCCCGACGACAACCAGGCCAUCCAGCAGCAGGCGCUGCGCGGCCCGCUGCCCCCCGAGCCUAGCUGCCCCGCCGUGCUGGGGCUCUCGGCCGCCGCGCUCGGGGGCCCGCUGGCCGUGCUGCCCUUCCAGAAGGGCUUCCUGCUGCAGCCCGAGAGUGGUCUCGUGGUGAAGCCGGUGUCUAGCGAGUCGGCCGUGGAGCUGGCCGACAUCCAGCAGAUCCUGCAGAUGGCCGCCGCGGCACCCCCGCACCUCGGGCUCCCGCCACUGUCCAAGGCGCCGGCCGCGCCGCUGCAGACCAUCUUCAAGCACAUGCCCCCGCUGAAGCCAAAGCCCCUGGUCGCGCCUCGCACGGUGGUGGCCGCCUCCACGCCGCCCCCGCUGGUCAGCGCCCAGCAGACAUCCCCCGGCUGCACCAGCCCCAGCCUGCCCCCGCCGCCCCUCACGCUGCUCCGGGGCGCCGUGGAGGCCGCCUCGCAGGCCCACUUGCUGCAGUCCAAGUCGGGGGCUCCCACCGCCCCCCUCUUCCUGCCGGCCCCCCGCUCGGAGCUGCCCGGCCCGGCGGACGUGCAGGCCCGGCUGGAGCAGGACGGCCUGCUGGAGGCGCUGCUGCCCCUGGGCGUGGAGGCCAAGAUCAAGCAGGAGGUCACGGAGGCCGAGCUGAAGGCCGUCAUGGCCGGGCCGGGCAGGAAGGCGCCGGCCGUGCGCAAGGUGCUGUACCCGUGCCGCUUCUGCAACCAGGUGUUCGCCUUCUCGGGCGUGCUGCGCGCCCACGUGCGCUCCCACCUGGGCAUCUCCCCGUACCAGUGCAACAUCUGCGACUACAUCGCGGCCGACAAGGCGGCGCUCAUCCGCCACCUGCGCACGCACAGCGGCGAGCGGCCCUACAUCUGCCGCAUCUGCCAGUACCCCUUCACCGUCAAGGCCAACUGCGAGCGGCACCUGCGCAAGAAGCACCUCAAGGCCACGCGCAAGGACAUCGAGAAGAACAUCGAGUACGUGACCAGCAGCGCCGCCGAGCUGGUGGAUGCCUUCUGCGCGCCCGACACCGUCUGCCGCCUCUGCGGCCAGGACCUGCAGCACCACCGCGCGCUGCGCGUGCACAUGCGCACCCACUGCGCGCGCCCGCGCAAGCCCUUCGAGUGCCGCGAGUGCCGCGCCGCCUUCACGGCGCGCCGCCACUGCGUGCACCACGUGCUGAAGCAGCACCUGCACGUGCCCGAGAGCGACAUCGACGCCUGCGUGCUCGCCGCAGCCGCCGACGGCCCCGGCCCCACCCCCGCCGCCUUCCUGGAGCCGCACAACGGCUUCCUGCACGCCACCGCGGGCGCUGCGCCGCUGCCGCACGUGACCGUCAAGCUGGAGCCGGCUGGCGGCUUCCCCGUGCACCUGAGUGAGCCCCUGGACUUCUCGCAGAAGGGCCUGGCGCUGGUGCAGGUCAAGCAGGAGAGCCCGGGCGGCUUCCUGGGCGCGGGCGCCGCAGCCUACGACUGCUCCCUGGAGCCCAUCGACUUGUCUGUCCCCAAGGGCUUCCGCAGGGGCGACACGGAGGCCCCCGUCCCCGCCGAAGGCAAGAAGCCCGCGCAGGAAGCAGACAGCGCAGAGCCUCCAGCCGCACCCGCGCCCGGUGGGGUCCCGGAGAAGCCCCAGCCCCCCGGGGGGCCCUCCGCAGCCUCCGCCCCGGACUCUGGCCCCACGCAGGCCCUGCAGGGCCCCGUCCGCCUGGCGGUGCCCAUCUACCCGUCCACGCUGGUCAGCGGCCCCGGCCUGCUCGGCGGCCCGGCCUUCCUGCGGCCCCUGCGCCCCAAGCCCCCCUUGCUCCUGCCGAAGCCGCCUGCGUCCGAGGAGCUGCCCCCGCUGGCCUCCAUCGCCCAGAUCAUCUCGUCCGUGUCCUCGGCCCCCACCUUGCUGAGAGCCAAGGUGACCGAUCCGGGGCCCGGACUCGCUCCCGCAGACAGCUCGGGCGUCCCCAAGGCUGCCACUGUCCCGGCCAGCAGCUCCAGCCCGGCCGAGUGCAGCGACCCGCCCCCCGCGCCCCCCGUUGCCAACAGCCCGGAGCCCACCUCGCCCCCUGACCUGGGGUCCACGGGCGCGUCCAAGAAGAGGGGCCGGAAGCGGGCGCUGCGGAGCCGGCCCCGGGCGCCCAGCGGGGGCCUGGACCUGGACUCGAGCGGCGAGUUCGCCAGCGUGGAGAAGAUGCUGGCCACCACGGACAGCCACCGCUUCACCCCGUUCCUGCAGAGUGCGCAGGACGGGCCCCCGCCGGACGCUGGCGGCGAGGAGCAGCUGGGCCCGCCGGACGACACGGCCCAGCAAGCACGGCCCGCCCCGGCUCCCGGCGGCCCCCAGCGGCUCUCCUGCCCCCACUGCCCACGCGUCUUCCCGUGGGCCAGCUCCCUGCAGCGGCACCUGCUCACGCACACGGGUCAGAAACCCUUCCCCUGUCAGACUUGCGACGCCUUCUUUUCCACCAAGUCUAACUGCGAGCGGCACCAGCUGCGCAGACACGGACUCGGCGCCUGCUCCCCGCGGAGGAACGGGCUCCUGGCGCGGCGUGCCGAGCGCGAGGGCGCGGGCCCUGAUAGCACAGACAGCCAGUCGGAUGUCGAGACAGCAGCCGCCACGGGAGGCCUGGUACUGGACCUCACUUCCAAGGAGAAGGAGCUGCUGCCCAGCCGAGAGGCCGGGGGACGCCCCGCCGAGGAGGACGAGGAGGAGGCCGAGGAGGAGGAGGAGGAAGAGGAGGAGGAGGAUGGGGAGGACGAAGCCACGGUGGAGAGCCCAGGACCCGGAGACGGGUGUGGAGCCGAGGGCAAGGACGUGGACGGCCCCGAGUCGGACACGGUCAGCAACAAGAGCCUGGACCUGAACCUGGCCAGCACGCUGAUGGGCUUCAAGCUGGGCACGAGCCAGCCCGAGCAGAAACAGGCCUGCGGCGUGUGCGGGAAGACCUUCAAGUUCCUGGGGACCCUGAGCCGUCACCGCAAGGCCCACGAGCACGGGGAAGGCCAGGACGAGGCCCAGGGCGCAGGGGGGCCCCAGGAGGGCUCCCCUGCGGCCGCCCCGGAGCCCAGGGAGCUGUCGGCAGAGGCCCCGGAGGCCCCCGCCGAGAAGCAGAGCGAGGAGGGGGAGGUCGCCUCCGACGGGGAGGCCGAGCGGCUGGCCGAGCGAGGCGGCGGGGGCGGGGCGGCCGCGGGGGCCGGCCUGGCGGGCAGCAAGGCGGACAAGAGGAAGAAGGUGUGCAGCGUGUGCAGCAAGCGCUUCUGGUCCCUGCAGGACCUCACCCGGCACAUGCGCUCCCACACAGGAGAGCGGCCCUACAAGUGCCAGACGUGCGCCCGCACCUUCACCCUGAAGCACAGCCUCGUGCGGCACCAGCGCGUGCACCAGAAGGCCCGGCACGCCCGGCCUCUGGGCAAGGACAGCGACCGCGAGGAGGCGGCCGGGGAGGACAGCGGGAGCGAGUCCACCCACAGCGGCACACACCCCCCGUCGGAGAGUGAGGCCCUCGGCCCCCAGGAGGACGGGGCAGGCCGGACCGCAGGCAGCGGGCAGGCGGAGGCGGCCGAGCCCCAGCCCGAGAGCCCAGCCCCAGCACUGGAGCCGCAGGAGCCGAGGGGCAAGCGGCCCGGCCCUCCGCCCGACGACUCGCCUCCCCCGGGGCUGGAGUGACCCCUGCCCAUGGCCACCGCCGGCCUCCCUGCCCGGGAGGGAAACCUGUGGCCACCACACGGUGCCUUCUCGCUGUGCCUGCCGGGCCGCAGCGCCCCUGGACUGAGCUGCCGCCGGUCUCGGAUCCCGCAAGAGACCCCGCCCACUUCAGCAUUACCGCAGCCGCCCGGUGUCCGGUCCCCGCUGUCCUGCCGCGGGGGCGACUGUUCUGUGGGCUGGAACAGGGCCGCCGCUGCCCGUAACUGGAAGAUGAUGAUGUGAAUCUGUCGCUGCGCCCGCGGGCCCCAGACGCCUUCUGGCUGGUGCGGCUGCACCCUGCCUGGGCCCCAGACCCGGCGUGGGUGCGAGAAGGGGCCCACUGGUUCCAGCCAAAACCAGAGGUGCUUGUCACCUCAGUGUCCUGACCACCCUCACCCCAGCAGGCACCUGGCCUGGCUCCCCGGGGCCUUGCUGCCCUCGGUCUAUGUAUUAUUAAUAUUAUUAUUAUUAUUACUGUGGGGCCCCUCCUGGUGGGCUCUGCAGUUGGCAGAAACAAAUGGGCAAUAUUUGUCCCUAAGACCCAGGUCCCCAUGUUCCCUGAGCUCCGUCCCCCCCUGCCCCCCCCCCCCCCCCCCCCCCCCCCGGCGCCCUGGCUGGGGUCUCCUACUGUAUUCAGACAAGCCUUCCUUCCAGCCGCCCAGGAGCGGCCGGGCCGGGCCUUCCCAUCUUACCGGCACUCGCCGUGCUGCUGACUGGGGACGCCUGCGGGGGCGGACGUGGCCGCUGUGCUCGCCCCAGCGUGGAGCGGGUCCCAGACCCCACUGUAGCUGAGCCCCAGGGCCCCUCCGGGCCCCCCCCCUUCUCCCCUCACUGGUGCCAGGCCUGAGGGCAGGGGAGCCCAGGGGUCUGGCUUGGCGGGAAGGGGGGUUUGGGCCGCCUGGGUGUGGCGGAGCCCACUUCUGUCCUUGACCCGAGGCAACACGAAUCAAGUUCCCCGCCAGCCCCUGCUCCCACGUGCGAUGAUUGUUGUUCUCUGCAUUACUAUUACUUGGGGUUUCUCCUGUCCUCUUCCUCUCUGCAUCUCUCCACACUAAUGCUCGUGCCCGAGGGGGUCGGGGCAGAGCCUGCCCCGCUGACGAGCCGUAGCAGGAACCUCACUGUUGAUCGAAAGCUUUACUCGCCCCCCCCCACCCCCACCUCCAUAUGAAACUGUGAAAUUUGUGAUUGUUUCAACUCUGGGUGAAUCAAAGCAUAGUUUGCAUGUCCAGCUAAUUUGUUUCUAUACAUUUUGUUUGAUUUCUUUCUCCUCCUCUCAGGGCUUUUACGAAAAAAAAAUUAUAUAUAUAUAUAUAUGUGGAUCUUCUGAAAAGGUUUUGAGGUGCAAGUUUUCUCCUUGGUUUUCCCCUUGAUCUAUGGACCGUGCUGGGACUCGAUCACUACAUGAUGCUCCUGGCUGUACCACAGCACCAAACCCGCAAGCAGCAGGCGGGGCCGUGCGUCCGUGUCCCUCCGCAGGGGGCUGGAGCAGGAGCAGACGAGGACUUGGGCCUGCUCCCACGGGCACCCGCCGCUGCUGUUAGGCCUGUGCCCGCCAGGGGGCGUCGCACGCACAGGGACGCGCGGACCGGUACUGGCUCCGCCUCCGUCCACAGCUUCCGGUGCGCGGCUAGAGGCUGCUGUUCUGUAUCAAACAUCAAAGCAAUAAAUGUUCUAUUUUGAAA